AUGAUGAGCUACGGCAUGGACACGCUUUAUAGCGGCCCCUCGUACCGCAAGGAGCCCGGCUUCGCCGGCGGGCGCUACUCGACGGCAGCCGCGCGCUCCGCAGGCGGCAGCGGCUCGCUGGCGUCGAGCGGCUUCCACUCGCAGUCGUGGUCGCGGGGCUCGGCGGUCUCCAGCUACCGGCGUCUGGGGGCGUCGUCGGCGUCCGGGGCCGCGGGCGUCUUGAGCCAGCUUGGCUCGUCGACUGAGAGCCUGGAGUCGUCGCUGAACGGCGACCUGCGCGGGCGCAACGAGAAGGAGGUGCUGCAGGCUCUCAACGACCGCUUCGCCGGCUACAUCGACAAGGUGCGGGCGCUAGAGGAGCAGAACCGGCAGCUGGAGGCCGAGGCGGCGGCGCUGCGGCAGCAGCAGGCCGGACGCUCAGCCAUCGGGGAGCUGUACGAGCGCGAGAUCCGCGACAUGCGCGGCACGCUGGUGGUGCUGAGCGCCGAGAAGGGGCAGCUGCAGCUGGAGCAGGAGCACCUCGAAGAGGAUCUGGCGCACCUCAAGCAGCGCCUGGACGACGAGAGCCGGCAGCGCGAGGAGGUGGAGGCGGCCAUCCGGGCGCUGGGCAAGUACGCCGACGACUCUCAGCUAGCCAAGGGCGAACUGGAGAAGAAGUUGCAGGCGUUGCGCGAGGAGAGCCUUUUCCUGCGCCGCAGCCACGACGACGAGGUGGCCGAGCUGCUGCUCCAGAUCCAAGGCAGCAGCGCCCUCCAGGUGGCCGUCGAGGCUCGCGACGCCGCAGCCCGCUCCGACGUCACCUCUGCGCUCAAGGAGAUCCGCGCCCAGCUCGAGGGACACACCGUCAAGAGCUCCAUCCAGUCCGAGGAGUGGUUCCGAGUGAGGCUGGACAAGCUGUCAGAAGCGGCCAAGGUGAAUACCGAUGCCAUCCGUACAGCACAGGAGGAGAUUUCCGAAUACCGCCAUCAGCUGCACUCCAAAACCACCGAGCUCGAAGCUCUCAAGGGGACGAAGGAAUCCCUGGAGAGGCAGAGGGCCGACAUCGAAGACCGCCAUCAUGUUGAUGUCCUCUCCUAUCAGGAGAGCAUCGCGCAGCUGGACAAUGAGCUGAGGAAUACCAAGUGGGAGAUGGCAGCCCAGCUGAGGGAAUACCAAGACUUGCUGAAUGUCAAGAUGGCUCUGGAUAUAGAGAUUGCAGCUUACAGGAAGCUCCUGGAAGGCGAGGAAUGCCGCAUGGGAGCUGGGCUGGGCCUCUUUCCUUUCCCUGAAGCCCUCCCCAAAGCCCCCAGCAUUUCCACCCACAUCAAGGUCAAGAGCGAGGAGAAGAUCAAAGUGGUGGAGAAGUCCGAGAAGGAGACGGUGAUUGUGGAGGAGCAGACCGAGGAAGUUCAAGUGACUGAAGAAGUCACGGAGGAAGAGGGAGGUGAGAAAAAGGAAGAGGAGGAGGAGGGAGAAUCUGAAGGAGAGGAGGGAGGAGAGGAAGAAGAAGGAGACGCAAAAGAGGAAGAAGAACAGGGAGAAUCUGAAGGAGGAGAGGGUGGUGAAGAGGAAGAAGAAGAAGAAGAAGAAGAAGAAGAGGGAGAGGCAAAAGAGAAGGAAUCUCCAGCAGUGGAAGAAGCUCCAGAAAAAGCACCAACACCUACAGAAAAAGAGGUGAAAUCUCCAGACAAGAUUCAGUUGCCAGUGAAGGAUGAUGCCAAAUCUCCAGCAUCCAAGUCUCCAACUCCCAAGUCUCCAGCAUCCAAGUCUCCAGCCCCCAAAUCUCCAGCUCCCAAGUCUCCAGCUCCCAAAUCUCCAGCUUCCAAGUCUCCAGCUCCCAAAUCUCCAGCUUCCAAGUCUCCAGCUCCCAAGUCUCCGGCGGUUGCCUCCCCGACGCAAGAGGAACCUAAGUCCCCAGGCCAAGCAAAGUCUCCAACAAAGGAAGAGGCCAAGGCUCAGGCAACAAAAUCUCCUGAAAAGCCCGCAUCCCCUACCAAAGAAGAUGCCAAGUCUCCGGCAAAAGCUCCAUCUCCCACCAAGGAGGAGAGCAAGUCUCCAGAUAAGGUCAAGUCUCCGGCAGCAAAAUCUCCGGAGAAAGGGGCAACCCCGACAAAGGAGGAGUCCAAAUCUCCAGGGAAGGAGGAGGCGAAGUCCCCAGAGAAAGCUAAGACCCCACCGAAGGCCAAGUCACCUGAGAAGGAGAAGCCGCCACCGAAGGAACCAGCCAAGCCACCUGCGAAGGAGGCCAAGGCCCCUGCAAAAGAGGAGGAGAAAGCUCAGGUGAAGCCAAAAGCAGAGGAGGAGAAGAAGGAGAGCAAGAAAGAAGAGGAGCCCAAGAAGGAGAGCCCGGCCAAGGAUGUGCCAAAACAGGAAGCCAAGGUGGAGGAGAAGAAGGGGAAGGAGGAAGACCAGAAGAAAGCCUCCAAGCCGGAGCCACCUGCCCCAGAGAAGAAGGAGGAGGCCCCUUCCAAGGCAGAGGAUAAAGUGAAGGAAAAGGAGCCCACCAAAGCGGCAGCGAAGGCCAAGCCGGAGGCAGAGAAGGAAGCGGAGAAAGCCAGCAAGAAGGAGUCGGAGCCAAAGGCUCCAGCCCAAGAAGCGAAGGCCAAGGAGCCGAGCAAGCCGGCCGAGAAGGAGGCAGAGAAACCCAAGGUGGAAGAGAAGAAAGAGGAACCCAAGAAGGAGAAAGCGGAGCCCAAGAAGGAGCCAGAGGAGAAGCCCAAAGCUGAAACCAAGCCCAAAGAACCAGCCAAGGCGGAGGCCAAGGAGACCCCCAAGGCCGAGCUGCCAAAGGAGUCGGCCAAAGCCACCAAGCCCAAAGCUGAGAAAGUGGAGAAGUCGUCCAGCACAGACCCCAAAGACAGCAAAGCCGCAGAGGCGGCGGCCGCGGCAGAGGAAAAAGCGAAGAAGAGCGAGAAGUGAGAGGGCGGAAGCUGGAGGCACCCGGCAGAUGUCGGAGGAGCUGUUCAAGGGCCCUCCCUGCCUCAGGACGGGCUCCCUUUUCGCCCUUUCCAAGGCUGGACCUUUUCUGCUUAGGCGAGUGGUGACUCUCGCUCACUCGCCGAGGCGUGGAGCUCAUGUUAGCAAUAUGUUUAUGUGAAAGAAAAAUAAACAAGACACCCCAAAUAAGCAAUGAACCGAGCCGCCGCCGCCACCCCCCCAAAAAAAAGGUGGUUCAAUAAUGUUAUGAUAGCUUCCAUAGCAGAAUGUGAUAUACGCAGAAUGCCACAUUUAAACACUUGAAUUUAUUUAAGAAACGGGGAGAGGGAGGGGAGGGGAAUAUCCAGAGCAAAACUUGACUUCCCUUUUCAAAUAAGUGCAUUUAUUUCCAAGUAUGGGCAACGAUGGGUCGAAUGCAAUAAAUGAAUGUAUGCAGUUAGAGCUGGGAUUUAUGCUUUGGGAGAUGUACAGUAGGCUAGAGAAUUCCAAAAUGAUCUUCUAAAAAAAAAAUGCCUUGUCUUCAUUUUCACACUGUCGAGAGCUUCAUCCAAUAGCUGGUCUCAGGAGGAAGGUCAUUCAGGGCGCGUUUUAUACCGGAAACCUAAAUGGGUUUCAAAAGUGGUUCCAUUGCUUCGGUUCCUCGCCUCCAUUCUUUAAGGGACCCUGGGAAAUGCAAGUUUACCAUGGAUACCGAAAAGGGAUUUCUCAGCAGAAUCCCUUUGCAGGAGAACAACGGUUCCCGAUGUUUUCUGGGAAGGAG